AUGUUGUUAGGUGGGUGAGGUAAAAAUAACUCUGACAUGAGUUUAACUGUGGCCAAGUCCCCCUCUGCAGUUGGCUCCGUCAGUCAAAGGCCAGAACAAGAUGGCGGGAUUCAGGAGCUGGCUUUUCCUUUCAGCAGUCAUUGCUGCCAGCUUGUGUGGAAUCAGCGCAGAAAUCAAAGUUACCAUUCCUGUGGGGAGGUUGUUUACAUAUGAAGUGAUGAGAGAAAAAUUCCAGAAUGACUUUGAACCCCUGUCAAAGCUCUACACUGGGCUUCUACACAAUGUCCCCAUGAUUUUUAAGUGCAACAAGCAGGGGUUUCCUGACCUCCCAGAGUGGCUGCGCUUCAUCCAAAGGCAUCCCUUUGAUAAUGGCUUCAUGUAUGGCACUCCAACGUCACCAGGAAAAACUUUCAUUGAGAUCUAUGCAAUCAACAAACACAGCUACGAAACAGCCAGAGAUCUUCUUGUGAUUAAAGUCGUUCCAGAGAAAAUGCUGCUCUAUCAAGCUGAGUUCUUCAUGCAGCUGAGGGAGGUUGAGAAGGUGCUGCCCUCUUCUGUUCAAAGUGAGAUAAAGCAGGAUCUUCAGAAGCUGUGGAACAAUGAGGCCUUGGAAAUUGUCAACAUUACCAACGCCCUCGAUCGCGGAGGCAGAGUUCCCCUGCCUCUCGCAGGACACUAUGAGGGUGUGUAUGUGAAGGUGGGAUCAAAGAAGUACUUCUCCAGAUGUCUGCAGAGGGUGAUGACUCCAGAGUACCAAAAGCAGUGCGCAAGAGGGGCCAAAGUAAAAGUACCUGGAGAAUGCAACUUCUGCAAAAUUCCCAGCAACUGCAUAACCUGGUGCAAGACUGAGCUGUUUGACCUGACAAAGCUGGAGCCAGCACCACCUGUUCCCACAAUGGGCUCUGGGAUUUUAGAGGACGGGGGUUACUUCGAUCCACCAGAGUCUCCCCCGAGCAGAGACUACUUUCCAGAUUACAUCGUAACCCUGAUUGUGCCCCUGAUCAUUGCUAUCCUUCUGUGUCUGCUGCUGGCCUACAUCAUGUAUGGCAGGCGUGAGGGAGUUGCAAAAAGGAAUGCAAAAACAAACAACAUUCAGCUAUACCACCAACACACCAUCCACGUGAACACUGAGGAGCUGAGAAGCAUGGCCGCCCACCGGGGGGUCCCUCCUCCUCUGUCUACACUGCCCAUGUUCAACAGCCGAACAGGAGAGAGGGCUUCACCUUUGCAGUCCGACAGCAUCCCUCUCAUCAUGGCCCAGCAGGAUCCCCACAGUGACACACUGCCAAGGAAGUGACGACAGUGAUGGAUAAAGAGGCUUUGAGGCUAAUUAAUUUAGCUACAUGUAUAUUUGCAGUGCAAUGAACCAAAAAACAGCAUCUCAAAGGAUUUGCUGUUCAUGAUGCUGUUUGCGCUUAUGCUUUUCCCUUUUAGCCCAUUCUAUUUUGUUUUGUCCAGUUCAAGGCUUAUUCCUGGAACUCCGAAACAUUUUCUUACUAUAAUCAAAUAUAUAUACCAUGGUUAUCAAAUGACCAUAUCCUCUUGAACACACCUUUCCAAAUUAGGUAAAGCAAAAGGAUAUCUACCAAUAAAUGAUUUAUGUAUGCAAAGUGUUUGUUUUGACAUUGUCUAUUGCAUCUAAGUAUUUGUAUUUAGUCCCCUACACUCUGACCCUCCAAAAUAAAAUCCAAUGCAAUAACUGCUCAAUUAGUGAAAAGUGUCCACCAAUUUGAAAUUUAACAAACUGCCUCAUGAAGACCAAGGAACAAAGCAGAAAUGUCAUGAAUAAAGUUGUUGAGAGGUUUAAAGCAGGGUUAGGUUAUAAAACAAUAUCCUAAGCUUUAAACAACUUACCAGUUUAGAUCCAUCACCUGAAAAAAACAACACCUUCUGUAUUCAUAUCCAUAAAUUAAAAACCCUCAAACGUCGUAAAGAAACUGCCACAAUUGUAUUCCAUGCAUUAAAAGUGCUUCAGUCUUUCCUAAUAUGUCUUUCCUAAUAUGGUUAGGUUCUUUUUUAAACCUCUAUAUAACUUGAUAGUAAAAUAUGCUUAUUCUGUUUUUGUGGUUUUAAAGUGGUUAUAGCAUAUAAUGUCCACAAGGUGGCAGCCUUGUUGAUUCAAAAACUGGAUCUGUGUCCUUGUCUUUGAAAUCUUUGGUACUCUGAUGAUUAAUGAGCCUAUAAUGCAGGAUCAGCUGAGAUUUCAUUGGAUGUGGCAGAUGCACUUAUGGCAUUUGCAAAGCUGAUGAUUGGAUUAUUUAAACAGAAAAUUAUUUUUCAAUCAGACGUUGGCCUUGUUUUCACUGCUGCUUAACAGAACUGCAUUCAGUGCAACACAAAAUGUUUAUGUAGGCCUUGCUCUCUAAGAGUAUAAAACACGGCUUUAGGUGUAAGAAAUGAGUUUUGAAUUUGUAAAUCUAAAUUUUAACAACAGUGAAAACACUGCCACCGAGUAGACCACUUCACAUGCUUUAUUUCAGCACCCAAAAUAAUUAAAAACAUCUUGAUUUAUUAUACAUGUACAAAAUAAGUACAGAAUCUCCCCUUGAAACCAUGAAAGUUGGUCUGCUUCAAUUUUCAUUUUCAAGAAACUCUCUGCAAAAAAGACAUCAAUGAAACAUAAACAACCGGGAAGAUGUGUGCUGUUCUUUUGUGUUUUUUUUUUUUUUUCAAGAAUAUUAAAGGGGGUUUUCCACAGGAGGGGCAAACACUGAACAUUUGGGCAGGAAAGUCACUCACUUGUAUCUACAAAGACACGAUUGCAUACAUCACAUCUGCAGCAAUCGCUUCUCUUAUCAAACCAACACUUAAAGAAGAAAACAAUUGCACUGCAUAGACAACAAGACAAUGAGUGAAUUUAGUAGCACCAGGGUUCUGCAGGCAUUAGUGGCAACAAUUACAGUAUGAGAGUAAGUUUGAUCAUCAAAUACUGAUAACAGGACCUUAUUGGAUUUGUAAUAGCACCUUUAAAUGGUUUCAUGUCCCCCAAUUGGCUUUUUUUAAAUAAAAAUUGGGGGUGACUCUGAGGUAGCCCUCUAUGUAUUGCAAUGAAGGUGAGCUUAAUUGUCUUGUUCUUUUGUUGGUCCAAAGUUCAGUUGUUUCUCUUAUGUAUUUAGAUCAACAAGACACUUCAUACUUUUUACAAUUUAUUUAACACCAGAAAAAUGGUACAUAUCAUUUGUUGUUUUCAAAGUCCUUCUGCAGUGGUUGGAAAUAGGUAAAAAGUCACCUGAUUUUUUUUUUGCUCUUAUUUUUAAUUAUUAUUUUCUUUGGGGGAAUGUUACACAUACGUACAUUAUUUUCUUGUUGCCAGUGGAAUCAAAAGGUUUUAUUUAAAGUGUCCUUGUGGUUGGUUUUCAGAUGAAGUAGCAGUCCCAAAAAGCAUCUCAUGAUUGGAAAAAAACACAGACACCAUCUUCAGUGGAGUGGUUUUAAAGCAUUGUGGACCAAUGGUGGCCGAAUGAGUUUUGAUUGCAUAGAGAAAAAGAGGUUUUAGAGAUGACCUGCUAGAAAAAAACAACAAUGUCAUGUCCAUGUUUCUUUCAUUUUUUUGUUUUUGU